AUGCAGCCGCAUUACUCCCGUCCGUGGACGAACCCGAACACCCAAGGCGCUCCUUAUGAGUUGCCUCCGGUGCAUUCGGUUACCUCUUCGGCGCCGUUCCAGCCAGCCCCACAGACGGGAGGCUUUCUCUCUACUCAAUCAGCAAGACCCAGUAGCGGACUGCCGAUGUCUCACAUCCUACAACAACCGCCUGCACCGACGCCUACGGCAACAUACCCUCCCUACGACUCUAGCGUUUCUCCAUCGGAAGUAGGAGUUGGCCAUCUUCAAGAUGCACCCACCAAUGGCUCUGUAAGCGCAGGCGGGUUUCUCAGGCAUGGGGGUGGCCUGGCGCAACAUCAACAGCCAUUGCAGCAGAAGAGGGCGUAUCGUCAACGAAGGAAAGACCCUAGCUGUGAUGCAUGUCGUGAGCGUAAGGUCAAGUGCGACGCCUCCGAGUCCGCUAGUUGUACGGAAUGCACCAACCGCAAGGUUCGAUGCCAAUUUACUAAAGAGACCAACAGGCGCAUGUCUUCUAUCAAACAGGUUCAAGACCUUGAGAAACAGCUCUGGUCGACCAGGCAACAACUUCAGCAAUUGCGAUCCGGAAUAAGGUCGGAUAACUUGAUGGAUCUGGACGGGGAUGGACCAGGGCAGCUUCAAAUAAACUUACCUGACCUCGGUUAUAGACCGCCGCGCCGACCAAGGGCUCCUGUUUCCCAUGAUCUCUCCAAUGCUCGGGCGAACCUCCGACACUAUGGGAGGGGAAUUUGGAAAGUUCCAACGCCUUAUCGCCAGUCGGACUCGAAAUCGCUUUUGACGGUAGACCCUCCUUCACUUCCGCCACAAGAUGUUGCCCAUCAUCUCCUUGCCCAGUACCAUGCGCAUAUCCACACCACAUUCCCCGUCAUUCACUGGCCGACGUUCAUGAAAGAAUACGAGGAGGUAUACCGUCAAGGGUCGCUUAUAGGAGUGCCUCGCGAGUGGGCCGCCGUGCUAUUUAGUAUAUUCGCGCUUGGUUCCUUGCAUACGACAGACCCAAACCGUGAAGAAGUGGGUAAAAAAUUUGUGCGAAUAUCUUGUGGAGUGAUCGAUGUUUGGCAGGAUGACUUCACUUUGGACCAGGCGCGGGCCGCCUUGUUGGCUAGCAUAUUCCUCUACGAAGUCAACUCGAAAUCAGCUAGCUGGGUAUGGAAUGGAUCCGCUGUGAAAGUCGCUCAGGAAAUAGGGCUACACCUGGAAUCAGGCCCUUGGCCUGUGCUCGAGGGCGAGAUGCGCAAGCGCGUCUGGUGGGGAAUGUAUACUUGGGAUAGGAUAAUGGCUUUGGAAAUGGGCAAACCGGUAUUGAUCAACGACCAAGAUUGCGAUAUCGAUCUUCCAUGCACUGUCGAUGAACAGUUCAUCUCAGAAGGAGGCUGUGUGCCCGAAAGCCAGCAAACAACGCCAUUAUUAGCGACAAUUCACGUUGUGCGGUCAAUCGGGCAGCUCACUCGUAUCUUACGAAGCACAGCAAUUGGCACGGCAAGUCUCCAGACCUUCGAACGGCAUUUCACCACCUGUUUAUCUAUAUUCCCCGAUCAAUACCAGCCAACCUCCGAUCAGUAUAUCGAACCUCGAUCAUUAACCCCGAUCAUCUACCUCCAAAACGCCCGCCUUAUGCUUCAUCGACACAAUAUCUCUCCUUUCUGCCCCCCUGAUGUUCGUUCCUCAGCUUUGGACUAUUGCGCCUCUGUUUGUCAGGAUACCGCACGUCUGCUCUCGCGAUGCAUGCGAACCUCACCCAUCACGGGGAACAGGGAUUGGCGUACGCUGCUUGCAAUGUCGGGGUCUGCAAUGCUGUGCGCCCAUCUCUGGCGCUGUACACUCUUACUACUGUUUCGCCAAGAGUACGACGCUGCUUUAAUAUGUGUCCAAGCCAGCUCUGCGAUGAGAGAUUCACGCAUCAUCAAUGCAGCUUGCGGGCGAAAUGUUGUGUUUUUCCUGAAAUGCCUCUUAGACCGUUUGCACCGUCCUGAUACGGGAGAGCUGGAUGGGGACGAGGAAAUGAUGGCUUACGUUUCCGGCGACAUGCAGGGGACCAACAAUGGGAGCUGGGUAUGGGAGGGCAGUGAGACCGGGUCGCAGUUAGAGAUGGCUUCUGCGCCAAACAGCGCAGCACGUCCUAGUGUUGGGGAUAGCAGGCUACCUCAAGAGCCGAAUGGCUGGGAAGGCUGGGAUUGGGUUGAACAGACAGUUCAAUAUCUUCUCUCCGAGAAGGAAAAGCGACAGCAAAAAGAAGCAGAGAAUCUAAGACCGCCGACAGAACCGUCAUACCACGGCAGCGAAUCUGCAACUGGAAGUCCUGACUCGGCACCAAAUCAGCCGAAUUCAUCACACUCGCGUAUGACGAUAGCGAGUAUCAUAUAA